CUGGCAAGACACUGGCAACCCGCACUGACUGCGUAUAUUUUUACACAACCGACUGACUUUAUAUAACGUAGUAGUGACUUCUUUUAUGUAUACUUAACAAGCUGGUGACGUCAGCAGCCAUGUGACCCGGAAGUAGUCUGUGUAGUGACACCAUGGCAUGGCAGCUAGAGGUCCUGAGGAAAUAAGUAACCCGCCAAGGCCUAUAGGCAGCAGCUGUCAUCUGGUCGCCGGGGAAUUGUAGCUGCAGAUACUCCGUGGGACUUCGUCUUUCUCUACGACAGGACGCAUCCGCUCUGAACAUACUGGAGCCUUAUUCCGUAUAGCAAUCAUGGAUGAUUUCACCUCUAUCAGCCUGUUGUCACUGGCUAUGCUUGUGGGCUGCUAUGUGUCUGGAAUAAUACCGCUAGCAGUUAACUUUUCAGAGGAACGCUUAAAGAUGGUGACAGUGCUGGGUGCAGGUCUCCUUUGUGGAACUGCACUAGCGGUCAUUGUACCAGAAGGUGUCCAUGCUCUCUAUGAAGAAGCACUAGAAGAUGACACCAAGCUUUGUAGCACAGUACAGUCUAUAGAGGAUGUUCAUAAGUUACAAGAUGACUUGGAUAGACUAAGUGUCUGGGCAUCCACUUGGCAAAUGAGGUUCAAUGUGGAUAAAUCAAAACACCAUGAACUGGAAAGCCAGAAAGUAAAGGAAGCAGAGACUGGACCUGAAGUCUCAUCAGUCCAUGAGCAUGAUCAUUCUAAUCUUCAUGGUUACAUUGGGGUCUCUCUAGUUUUGGGUUUCGUCUUCAUGCUGCUGGUGGAUCAGAUUGGCAGCUCUCAUGUGCACUCUACGGAUGACCCUGAGGCCGCUAGGACAGCCAGUUCUAAGAUCACCACCACUCUAGGUCUUGUAGUGCACGCUGCAGCUGAUGGAGUUGCUCUAGGGGCUGCGGCAUCUACAUCACAGACCAGUGUGCAACUUAUUGUAUUUGUGGCAAUAAUGCUGCAUAAGGCUCCAGCUGCGUUUGGCUUGGUUUCAUUUCUUAUGCAUGCAGGGUUGGAGCGUAACCGCAUCAGAAAGCAUUUGCUUGUAUUUGCUCUUGCAGCUCCUGUACUAUCAAUGUUGACAUACUUGGGAUUAAGCAAGAGCAGUAAAGAGGUGCUCUUAGAUGUUAAUGCCACAGGAGUUGCAAUGCUCUUCUCUGCCGGGACAUUCCUCUAUGUAGCCACAGUCCAUGUACUUCCAGAAGUUGGUGGAAUGGGACACAGCCAUAAACCAGAAUCAGGCACUGCUAAAGGACUGAGUCGCACAGAAGUACUUGCCUUAGUUAUAGGAUGUUUAAUACCUUUGGUCUUAUCCAUAGGACAUCAACACUAAAGUCCAAUUCUGUGUUUUCCUAAACUGAUAAAACUGGACAAAUGCAGGGACUCUCAAAGACCAAUGUCUAUUAAAAAAAUUAUUGUGUUGAUGAAAAGGACGUUAAUGAAAUUGGAAAAACCUG